GCGUGCCUGGCUGCGGCAGGAAACGGGAAAUCCGGAAAUGAACCCGGCAGGGGGCGGGGCGUGACCUUUGACCCCGCGCACGCGGAGGACGGCGGCAGCAGCGGCAGCGGCGCACGCGGGACGCGGCUGUGAAGACCAUGGAGCAGCCCCUGGAGCUCGAGAGCGAUGACGACCUGACAGACAGUGAGGAGAGCGUUUACUCGGGGCUGGAGGACUCCGGCAGUGACAGCACCAACAGCAGCGCCGGGGAGGAGGAGGAGGAUGAAGAGGAGCGGGAGGAGCACGGCAACGGGGCAGCCCCCGAGGUCAAAGGGGCUCCCAGGAAGAGCAAAGCCCUGGGGGCUGAUCCCCCUCCAAAGGACAGCGAGGGUCUGAGCGUUCCGGAUGAGUACGAGGAGGACAGCUCGGAUGAGGAGGACAUUCGCAACACGGUGGGCAACAUCCCCAUGGAAUGGUACCAGGACUUCCCACACAUUGGCUAUGACCUGGAGGGGAAGAGGAUCUACAAACCCAUCCGCAACAAAGACGAGCUGGACAAGUUCCUGGAGAAGAUGGAGAACCCUGACUACUGGCGAACAGUCCAGGACAAGAUGACAGGCGCAGACAUAAAGCUGACGGACGAGCAGGUGGACCUGGUGCAUCGUCUCCAGAAAGGGCAGUUUGGGGACGUGCACUUCAAUCCCUAUGAGCCGGCCAUCGACUUCUUCACCCAUGAGGUCAUGAUCCACCCAGUGACCAAUCGCCCGGCGGACAAACGGAGCUUCAUCCCAUCCCUCAUUGAGAAGGAGAAGGUCUCCAAGCUGGUCCACGCCAUCAAGAUGGGCUGGAUCAAACCCCGCAAGCCCAAGGAGGACACCCCGACGUACUACGACCUCUGGGCCCACGAGGACCCCAACUCCAUCCUGGGUCGCCACAAGAUGCACGUCCCGGCCCCCAAGAUGAAGCUGCCGGGGCACGAGGAGUCCUACAACCCUCCGCCCGAGUACCUGCUCAGCGAGGAGGAGAAGUUGGCGUGGGAGCAGCAGGAGCCGGCCGAGCGGCGGCUGAACUUCGUGCCGCAGCAGUACCGCUGCCUGCGCGCCGUGCCGGCGUAUCCCCGCUUCAUCCACGAGCGCUUCGAGCGCUGCCUCGACCUCUAUCUGUGCCCACGGCAGAGGAAGAUGAGGGUGAACGUGGAUCCCGAGGAUCUGAUCCCGAAGCUGCCGAAACCGCGGGACCUGCAGCCCUUCCCCACCACGCAGGCGCUGGUGUACCGCGGGCACAGCAGCCUGGUGCGCUGCCUCAGCGUCUCCCCCAGCGGGCAGUGGUUGGCAUCAGGCUCCGAUGACGGCACGGUGCGCUUCUGGGAGGUGUGCACGGCGCGCUGCAUGAAGACCUUGCCCGUGGGUGGCGUGGUGAAGAGCAUCGCCUGGAACCCCAACCCCACCGUCUGCCUGGUGGCCAUCUGCGUGGAGCAGUCGGUGCUGCUGGUGAACCCGUGCCUCGGGGACAAGCUGCUCUAUGGGGCCACUGACCAGGUGCUGGAGUCCUAUGUGCCACCAGAGGAGGAGCGUGUACAGCCUGUCCAGUGGGUCACAGCCACCAGCGAGGAGCACAGCAGAGGCAUCCGCCUGACAGUGCAGCACAGCAAGGCCUUGAAGCAGGUGACCUGGCACGGGAAGGGCGAUUACUUCGCCACCGUCGUGGCCGACAACAGCAACAUGCAGGUGCUGAUCCACCAGACCAGCAAACGCUGGAGCCAGAACCCCUUCCGCAAGAGCAAAGGGCUGGUGCAGUGCGUCCUCUUCCACCCCAUCCGGCCCUAUUUCUUCGUGGCCACGCAGCGCUACGUCCGCGUCUACAACCUCCUCAAGCAGGAGCUCACCAAGAAGCUGAUGGCCAACUGCAAGUGGGUGUCCAGCAUGGCCAUCCACCCUGCAGGUGACAACGUCAUCUGCGGCAGCUACGACAGCAAGCUGGCCUGGUUCGACCUGGACCUCUCCACCCGCCCCUACCAGCUGCUGCGGCACCACAGGAAGGCACUGAGGAGCGUGGCCUUCCACAAGCACUACCCGCUCUUCGCCUCGGGCUCGGACGACGGGACCGUCAUUGUGUGCCAUGGCAUGGUCUACAACGACCUGCUGCAGAACCCGCUGCUGGUGCCAGUGAAGGUGCUGAAGGGCCACGCGCUGACCCUGGACCUGGGCGUCCUCGAUGUCAUCUUCCACCCCACUCAGCCGUGGGUCUUCUCCUCCGGCGCCGACGGCACCGUCCGGCUCUACACGUAGCUGCUGCCCAACACCGGCACCCCAAUAACAACCGGCACCCCAACAGCAGAACCCCAACACAGGCACCCCAACAUUGGCACCCUGACUACACCAGAACCUCAACACCGGUACCCCGACAACACCAGUACCACAAUACUGGCACCCCAAGAGCAGCAAUCUGAUACUGGCACCCCAGUACCAGCACCCCAAGAAGACUGGCAUCCCAACAUCAGCACCCCAGUGACAUUGGAUACCUGACACCGGCACCCUGACUACACUGGCACCCCAAUACUGCUCCCUGACACCAGUACCUGACACCAGCACCCUGAUAUCAGCACCCUGACAACUCUGGCAUCCCGACACCGGCACCCCAAUACCGGGACUCUGAGGCACCCUGACUACACUGACACCCCGAUACCAGCACCCCAAUACCAGGACUCUGAUACCAGCACCCCAACAUCACCGACACCCCAACACAAGCUGGGAACAUCUCUGCUCCUACCCAUGGACUCAGGAACCUUUCUAAUUUCUCAUUAAACUUAUUUUUGGGUACAGAAUCGCAUCUUUGUGUUCUCCAGCUGCACCAAGGAGCACCCAGCACCCCAAUUCCUGCGCAGUGCUGCCCAGUGUGGUGCCCUCCAGCCCCCCCCCAGAGUGUCUGUGGGGUUUCUCCAUGCUUGCCUGCCCCACAGCAUCUCCCAUGGCCGAGAGAGAUGCUCCCGAGCUGAAUGCACGGGACCUGCACCCACUUUGCCCCACAGGGACACAUAUGGGGGUAACACUGCCCCAUAGCACACCCGCAGAGCCCACCCCACAAGCAUCCAGAGCCCCCCAACCCUCCAGCUUUCCCCCCCAGCCCCACGUGCUGCCCUUUGACCCCGCGGUCCCGCAGCCGCACCGUGAGCUCAUCCCGUCCCGCUGUGAGCUCAGUGUUGGCCAUGGGCCAGGAUUGGGGAAACCAAACGGGAACUUUCCCGACCCACAUCGACCACACGGCCCCACAGGACCCCAUUGCGGGACCCACAUCAGUGGGGUUUGUUCCCUGCACAGCCCGACCCCUGCGUGAGCACCCCAACAAUUCUGCUCCUGCUGCAGCCAGAGCUGAGCAAUGGGACCAAGGCUGGGGCGUAAGCAACAGCAAAAGGCCGGGGCACAUCUCCCCCUUCCCCAGGUUGUGGGGUCAGGGACAACCUGGGUCGUCAGAGGCUCAGGAUCAGCCCCACACGGCUCCUGGCCCCCACCCCACAGCGCAGGGCCUGGCCCACUGCUGCCCCACUCCAUCCACCCACGUUCAUUCUGGAGCCCACUGAAGAGCACAGACAGCACAAGGA